AUGACUAUCAUUCACAUCGUGCUGUUCCAGCUCAAAUCGUCGCUGAGCGACGCGGAGAAGAAAGAGUUCUGCGACGACAUGCUGGCCUUGAAAGACACAUGUCUGCACCCAACGUCGAACAAACCGUACAUCGUCGCCUCCUCUGGCGGCGUGGACAACAGUCCCGAAGGCGCUCAGGGAGGGCUUACUCAUGGGUUCGUCGUCGAAUUUGCGUCCAAGGAGGAUCGAGAUUACUAUGUCUCUAAGGACCCGGUACACCAAGCCUUCGUCAAGAAGAACGGGCCCAGGUUCGACAACGUGCGAGUUAUCGAUUAUGAGAAGGGGGUGUACUAG